GUGGAAAACGUGGGCAAGUCAUUCAUGAGCAUCAAAGAAGAUUCGUUACCCUCGGUCUGAAUUUUUGUUUAGAAAAGCACAAGGUAGUUCCCUUUCAGACCAAUUAUUCACGGUCACAGCUCUUGCGUGUGCUGGAAGCAGAUUGCAUGUGUUCUCGCUGCUCCAUGCUCCUGGCUUGACCCAGAGGGCAAGAAGAAACAAUGGUGACAACACACACAAAGACUGGGGUGCUCAUGCCCUUCAAUUGCUAAAGCCCAGUUACUGCCCCUUUCUCUUCCCCCAGGCCCUUAGUUUCCUUUUGCUGUGAUCCUGACAUUUGGGGUUGUUUUCUGUUGUGGCUUUUUUUUUUCCCAUCCUGAUGAGGGCACCACUGCAGACCAUGAUGUGCCUGGGGUUGUGGGCAGCUGCCCUGCUCUGCUUGUUUUCCCCCGGCACUGUGCGAGGCGAUUGCUGGCUGAUUGAGGGGGACAAAGGUUAUGUGUGGCUGGCCAUCUGCAGCCAGAACCAGCCCCCAUAUGAGACCAUCCCCCAGCACAUCAACAGCACGGUGCACGACUUGCGUCUGAACGAGAAUAAGCUCAAAGUGGUGCUGUACUCAUCUCUCAACCGCUUCGGCAACCUGACUGAUCUGAACCUGACCAAGAAUGAGAUCUCUUACAUUGAGGAUGGGGCUUUCAUGGGCCAGUCGAACCUCCAGGUCUUACAGCUGGGCUACAACAAACUCACCAACCUGACAGAGGGUAUGUUGCGGGGCAUGGCGCGUCUACAGUUCCUCUUUGUGCAGCACAACCUUAUUGAGCUGGUCACCCCUACUGCCUUCUCUGAGUGCCCCAGCUUGAUUAGCAUUGACCUGUCUUCUAACCGUCUGAGUCGCCUGGAGGGGAACACUUUCACCAGUUUGAGCAAUUUGAUGGUGUGCGAGCUGGCUGGCAACCCCUUCAACUGCGACUGUAGCCUCUACAGCUUUCUUAACUGGCUGGCGGUCUUCAACAAUGUCACCAAGAACUAUGACCGGCUCCAAUGUGAGAGUCCACGGGAGUUUGCUGGGUACCCACUCCUGGUGCCUAGGCCUCACCACAACCGCAACGCCAUCACCAUCUUCCAGUCCAUGUGCAGAGGUGGCACAAUUCCCUCCCUCUCCAGGGUCAACCCCACCCCUUAUACCCCUGACUCCCAGAGAGACCUGGAUGAGGGCUCAGCCAUCAGCCCUGGGGACUUCCUCUCAGUCAAGCCUCCAGCUUCCUCCACCACUGACUCCUCCUUCAGUCCCAGCAUCAAGCUCCAUGAUGUCACCAUCACCUCAGCUAUCCUGAUGGUAACCAUCCCCAUGCCCUACAGUAAGAUGUAUGUGCUGGUCCAAUACAACAACAGCUACGUUUCUGACAUAGCAACACUGAAGAGCAAGAAGGAAUACGUCACUGUCAACAAGUUGAAGGCCCACACUGAUUAUACUUUCUGUGUGGCCUCCAUCCGCAACAACAGGCGCUACAACCACACUUGCCUGACCUUUGCAACCCGAAGUAAAGGCAGGGAGGACCCUAUUUCCAGUACUUCCACCACCACCCACUAUAUCAUGACCACCCUGGGUUGCCUUUUUGGGAUGGUCAUUGUCCUGGGGGUGGUGUACUACUGCCUGCGGAAGCGGAGGAUGCAGGAGGAGAAACAGAAAUCCCUCAAUGUCAAAAAGACCAUUCUGGAAAUGCGUUAUGGAUCAGAUAUUGAUACUAGUACCAUGGUCCAUCCUUCCCAGAAGCUGGGUGAGCCACCAGUCAUCCCUGUCUCACGGAUGUCUUCCAUCCCUUCCAUGAUUGGGGAGAAGUUGCCCCCAUCAAAGUCAAUAGACACUGGGAUGGAGACUCCUAAAGUCACCACUAAAGGUAACUACAUUGAGGUGCGGACUGGUGGUGGGGACGGGCUGGAGCGAACGCAGCGGGAUGAGGACCUGAGGGAGCUUGAUAAUGGGCAAGGCUCAGCUGCUGAGAUCUCUACUAUAGCAAAGGAGGUAGACAAGGUCAACCAGAUCAUCAACAACUGCAUUGAUGCCCUCAAGCUGGACACAGCCUCCUUCCUGGGUGGUGGAACUGGUGUUGACUCAGACAUGGCCUUUGAGUGCCAGUCCAUCCCAGCUGGUUCCUCGGGUGGGCUAGAGCGGCCUAGCUUUCUUUCCCCACCCUACAAGGAAAGCUCCCACCACCCUUUGCAGCGCCAGCUCAGUGCUGAUGCUGCCGUGGCCAGAAAGACCUGCAGCGUCUCCUCUAGUGGCUCCAUCAAGAGCGCCAAGGUCUUCAGCUUGGAUGUGCCUGACCACCCACCACUCAGCAAGUCUGACUCCAAAUACAUUGAGAAGGGCAGUCCGCUCAACAGCCCUUUGGAUCGUCUUCCCUUGGUGUCCCCAGGCGCCAUCCACCACUUGGAGGUCAAGCCUUCUUACCAUUGCAGUGAGCACCGUCACUCCUUCCCGGCCCUAUACUAUGAGGAAAGCGCUGACACCUUGAGCCAGAGGGUGUCAUUCCUCAAGCCACUCUCCCGGUCCAAGCGAGACUCCACGUACUCCCAGCUCUCCCCCAGACACUACUUCUCAGGCUACUCCUCCAGCCCUGAGUACUCAUCAGAGAGCACCCACAAGAUCUGGGAGCGAUUCCGGCCUUACAAGAAGCACCACAGGGAGGAGGUUUACAUGGCAGCUGGGCAUGCCCUGCGGAAGAAAGUUCAGUUUGCCAAGGAUGAGGAUCUGCAUGACAUCCUGGAUUACUGGAAAGGAGUCUCUGCUCAGCAGAAGCUGUGACUCUCCCUUGCUCUUUCCAAGGAAACGAUACAAAACAAGACCCCCACCCCCAAACAACCAGAAAAAAAAAAAAAAAAAGCCACUUGACUGUGAAAAAUAAACCACCAACAAAAUACUCCUGAAAAUACAAAACUGACAAAAUUGUUUCUUAAAGUUUACAACAGCAGCAGAAAACUCUCACACACACUGACUCACACAGACACACACACAAGCCGAAUUGUCUCUACUGUGUUACGGGGACCAUUGUUCUGCUUGCGAUGGUUGGGAGGAGCGUCCUGCUCUGACACUGUGGUAACAGCACUGGAGUGUGGAUGGGUGGGAAUGACCCGGGAUGGGGUGGCAGCGGUGGCAAAGAAAGGGCAGGGAUGGACACUCACUGGGCAUGAAACUCAGCUGUGAACUAUUGCUCUUUCUGUUCCUAUUGAGGGAUGGUUUUCCUUUUGGGUGGGAGGAAGGGAUUUGGUUUAGAAAGCUUCUCUGCCUUCCUGAUACACCUGCUUUUCCAAAUCUUCCAUCACUAAUUUUUCCCUCAUUUCCUUUGGCAGUGGAGUCUUUUCUUUCCCUCCUGUCCCCUUCCAAGAUAGAUGGGAUUUGUUGGAAGACAUUCUCUCGCUUCUUUUCCUUUGCCCUUCCUUACCCUUCUCUGCUUAAGGGUCCUUAGGCUCACCCUUUCAGUCUAGAUACUUUGUAAACCUUCAUCCUCCUCAGACAAAGAGAGGAGGUGUGAAAGACCAAGGGAGGUAGGACCUGCCAUACAACACACUCUGCCCUUGCUGCUCUUCCUCCUUCCCUUCUCCCCAAACCAUGUUGUUGCUGAUGAGCACCAGCAGUUCUGGAGUGAUGGGCAUUCUCCAGACUUCUCAGAGACAGUUUUCUGCCAUUUGGUGGCAGGGAAUGAAUGUGUUCUUUGGUAUGGCAAGCCAGGUCCUUAAGGAGUGGUGGAGGAAAAGGCAGGAAGGUCUGGUCUCUCAGAGGUGUAAAGGAUUCCCAUCUUUUCAUGAAUGUCACAGGUCAGAGGUUGCCCUCACCAUACACACCUAUGCUCAGGCAAAACUACUGCUACCUUGUAGGUUUGAUACUCUCUGUUCAUAUCUCCCUUACUAUGAGGAAGGCACCUGGAGAGGAACUCAGCAGAACAAGUUCUACAUGAACCUUCUGCAGCUCUUCCCACCUGACUUGCACCCAACCGGCUUCCUCUUGAAUAAGUCAUGGACAUUCUGGCAUGGGUAGGAAAUAGCCUAGGAUUGAGGCAGGAGCACAGGAAACAAAAGGGAUGUGAGCAUGGGACCUGGGAAUAGCUCAAGAGGGAUGGCUCCUAAAGAAACUCCCUUUGUAUGUGCAGCCAUGUGGUGUGUACUGGGAUAGAAGAGCAUACCAGCCUCUGGAUGACAGUGUCCUUUUGAAUAUUUAGAGGGCCUCAUGAGAGUCAGAGCAACAUAUCACCUCCUAAAUCUUCCACCUCCUCACAUUUAGCCAUGACAAGCUUUACUUACGGAUCCUUUCAUGCCUUGGCAAAACCCCAGUUUCACUUGCUAGGUCCCAACCUCUGUUCCUUGGGUAGAAGAUCUGCCACAGAGCUGGGAAUGAGCCUGCUGCCCUCUUCACAUUAUCCCAUUUCUGAGCAGCCCAACAAAGCAUAAUCUUGGCACCAUCUCCCCCAAAGUUUUCUUGUCAGGCAGGGGUGCUGCCUGCUGAGUGCAUCUUUGUGCAGCACAGUGGUCCUCCUCUGCAUGAGCUGCACACCCCAAAUCUUGACAAUUGUUUGCCUCUAUCAGGAUGGGGGUGAGGGCCUGUGUUGUGUUGGUCUUUCCUAAGUGGAUAUUUCCUUUUUGAGGUAUUCCUGAGAAGCUCCAGUUUUCUGGGAGGCCCUGGGAGAAGGAUGAGGAUGUAGGAGCUUCUCUGGGAGGGAUUUCCAUGCUGCCUGCAGAAAACCAGCCUGUCAGGCAGUAGCACUGCCAGUUGUGAGAGAGCUGGUUUCUAUGCCACAGGAGUCAUGCCUUCAUCUUCUGCAAGUGAGGAACAGCAGUAGGCAGGGACUGGUGUAUCAAAACCAGAGGGGUGGUCCUCAAGAUCUAAACCUGUGAGGAUCCAUGGGGUUCCUUCCUUGUAGCGAUGCUGAUGGUAACAACCCUAAGCCAGGUCCUGAUCCCACUGCCUCAGCCUCCUUCACUUUCAGCCUGCUUCCCCACAGUCAAAGCAUCAUUUUGCCUUGAGCCCUGAAGUAUUCAUAGGACUGACUGCCAGUUCAACCCAGAAGAAGGGGUGUGUGUGCACACGUUUAUGUCUGUUAAUGUGUGUAUGUGCAGGAAGAUGAAGGGAAGUCACACCACUGCUGCCAGCCAUCCCUCCAUGUUGGGACAAUGCAGCAAAUUGAGACAGGUAAAUGCUGUGAGUGAUGCUUAGGCAAGUAGAGACCUCUCCAGCUACCACAUGGAGCAGGCCCAGUGGUCUUCCAGCAUGGCAACCAUCCAAGCAGGAACAACUAAUGGCUGGGGCACAGAAUUGGACAGGAAAAGGGGAAUGACAGGCGUGGGGGGAUGGAGUGCUGUUCCUCUCCCUACCUCUUCCCUCCCUGUGCUUCUCUGCUGUAUGGUCUUGUAAUCAGUUCUGCUCAGUCUAUAGUUUUGGGGGGAGCGUUAACCUUUAAUGGUUUCUUCUCCCUUCCCCCAUCACCCCGACGAGGCAGAAAAGAAAGGUCAGGGAUACGGCUAUCACCAGGCCCUUCUUCUGCCUGCAGUGGGAGUAAGACUGGGUAGGAGGGACAAGCCAUUUCUCUCCCAAUUGUAGCCCCCCACUCCAAACCAGUGGGUGAAGUUUGCACAAGAUGGACUGUUCUGUGGGAGGAAGAGGGCAAGGAAGGGAAACAAAGUGUCUCACCUUCCUUCCUCCUCCCUUCUUCCUCGUCCUGCUCCCUCCCCAGGGACGAGGGCUAGCAAAGUGGCUCCAGCCCUGUCGGAGGAAAGCAGAUUUAACGUUCUAUUUGCAUGAUAAUUUUACUGUAUUUUUCUGAGCAAACACCUGUUGUGUAUGUGCCAGUUUGUUGGAAUUUAACCUCCUCCCCCAAAGUCUCUCCUGUCCUUGUCCCUGUUUUCCCUGCUCCUUUCAUUCAUCCCUGAUGUGAUUUUAUGAGAGACUCCUACCAGUUUGGGAGGGAACACACCCCAAAGAGAACCCAACCCAACCAGCUGCACAAACAUUCCUCUUUCUUUCCAGUGUCUCCCUCCCCUUACCCCAAAUGUGGUCUCUCAGCUGCUUUUCAGGGUUGUGCGUGUGAAAAGGGAUGCGUUAUAUACCAAAUGCUGGCUCUUUCUAGUGGUCAUAAUUUCUCCUAAUUAUUUAGAAACAGGAGUGAGGCCAAUCAAGACAGAUCUCAUGAGAGAAAUGGUCACUAGUGUCCCCAUGCCGUGGUUGCUCUUUCCCCAGAUCUACAAGCAAGGUUUUUCUUGGGGGAGCAAGGAGUGCUUCAGCUGCAGGGAAACCUCUGAUACAGUGAAAGCUUGAUACGGAGCUGGUUGCAAUCACUUGAAGACCUCCCACCACCUUCCUCUCAUUGAUCACACAUAGGUCUGGAUUAGGUCUGUCCUACCCCUCCUCUCCUGUGGGUGGCCCUGGCAGAGGGCAGGGCAUGACGAGACUUUUAAGACCUCUGUGAUAGUAAAAAGCAUAGAGAGACUGCCUGAAGUUCCUAAGCCCCCUAUGGCUUUGGCAAGGGUCCCUCACCUCUGCCUUCUCCCAGGGCAAAUUGGAUUCAUUGGGCAGAACCAGGACCAGCCGCUUUCACACUUUAUUUAUCUGGGUUGGUUACUCAUGGCAGGAAAGCAGGGGUUUAGUUCACCUCACUGGAAAGCAUGGAGGGUGAGGAAAGAGGUUGGCUGCUCUUCCCCCCAGGAGCAGACUUGGGAGGAAGCCUGGGCUGGGUUCCUGUACCCAGAAGAGUGAAGGUGAGACCCUAGGCAUGCUGUACCAUCGGGCAGAGCUGUUCCCCAUCCCUGCCGGUGUUGCCCCAGCUUAUGCUGCCAUUUUCCUCUCCUCCUUCCCCACUCUUCCAUGCUGAAUAAAUCCCUCCCGAGGCAGGUGUGAAAUA